AUGUCAUCAAUUCGCCGAAUGUCCCCAACGGACCUCUUCUCUCUUAACCUGACGAAUCUCGAUCCCCUAACCGAAAACUACGAUCUGGGCUUCUACUUGAACUAUUUGAUGCGAUGGCCAUCCCUCUUCAGUAGCGUACAGGACCGCAGGGAGGGAAUUGCCGGGUAUAUAAUGGGCAAGCUCGAAGAACAACACCCCUCCAUGAAACAUUCAGAACACUACACGCCAUGGCACGGCCAUAUCACGGUUCUGACAGUUGCACCUGCAUGGCGGCGUCUUGGCCAUGCGCGCCGUCUCACGGAGCGCCUAGAACAGGGGUCGGAUAUCAACAAUGCUUGGUUUGUGGAUCUAUACGUGCGGGCAGGGAAUAAAGUUGCAGUGGAUAUGUAUAAGGGAAUGGGGUACUCGGUAUUCCGGCGUGUCAUCAAUUACUACAGUGAUGAUCCGACGGGGAUGUCAGAGACGGGAGAGGAUGCGUACGAUAUGCGGAAGCCGUGUAGCCGAGAUAAGAAAUUGGAGCAUAUUCGAGAGAAUGGGGAAGAUUUCCCUGUUAGUCCAGAGCAUGUUUCUUAG